AUGGAGAGAUAGGGGCCGUGAGAUACUAACAAAACUUUCUUGAGAAAUCUUACUAUUUUAGAAGAUAAUCAGGGGAAAAUUAGAAAUCCGUUAAUUUAGUUGGAAAUGCCGCAAAAUGUAGAAAAUGAAUUCGAAGAGUUGAAAUGCCCCUUGUUUCCUAUCUCUUAUUUUUAGUUCUCCUUCACUUUUUGCGUUUGCUCUCUCUUUUCUGAAAAGAAUAACUCAUGGAAGAAAACCUUGAUCCUUCACCUGAAUGUGAAAUUGGUAGUGCUUACUGUGGUCUAGCUAUAAGAACAUCACCAAAAGAUGAGCUUUUUUCGGUUAUCGAUAAAAACUCGAUUUCUCCACUAGCUUCAUCUGCUUCUGCACAAGACUUUAGUUCUUUGGAUUUGGAGAGGGCCAAGAUUGAUGAACAUUCUCCUAGAGGAGUUCUUGGAGAUUGCAUAAGCAGCUUCGAAUCAGAAAUAGGCUCCUCCAAUGCCAGCACAUCAGAUUCUGAACCUCAACCUCAACAUCGCUGGCGAGGAUUCGCUCGCUUACUAAAAAGUAGAUCCAUGAGACGCUUACCUAGCAUAGGGCCUAUGCGUGUUCCAAAAUUAACACGAAGACACAGCAGAAGUGCCAGAGGAAACCCGGUUACUACGUCCACUCCUGCUGAAGAUAAUGAUUUUUGUUUAUUAACUACAUGGAAGAACUUCAGCCUCUCUGAACUUCAAACUGCCACAAACAAUUUCAGUCCUGAAAACUUGAUCGGCAAAGGCGGCUAUGCCGAAGUUUAUAAAGGGUGUUUACAAGAUGGGGCACUUGUAGCAGUUAAGCGGCUGAACCGAGCAACAACGGAAGAGACCGUUGCAAACUUUUUAGCUGAACUUGGGAUUAUAGCCCAUGUUAACCACCCUAAUACGGCAAAGUUGAUGGGUUAUGGCGUUGAAGGGGGAAUGUACAUUGUUCUUAAAUUUUCUCAUCUUGGGAGCUUAGCUUCUAUACUUCACGGAGGAUCAAAGGGAAUACUAGAUUGGAAUGUUCGUUAUAAGGUCGCUUUGGGUACUGCCGAGGGCCUUCUGUACCUGCAUGAGAGCUGCCAAAGGCGAAUCAUCCACAGAGACAUCAAGACUUCUAAUAUUUUGCUUACCGACGACUUUGAACCUCAGAUUUGCGAUUUUGGGCUUGCAAAGUGGCUCCCGAAGGAGUGGACUCACCUAACUGUCUCAAAAUUUGAAGGCACAGUCGGCUAUCUAGCUCCUGAGUACUUCAUGCAUGGUGUAGUUGAUGAGAAAAUUGACGUGUUCGCUUUUGGGGUACUGCUGUUAGAGCUUGUUACUGGACGCCGAGCUUUGAGUAGCUCCCAGCAAAACCUUCUGAUGUGGGCAAAGCCAUUGCUUGAUAAGAAGGAUAGCAAGGAGCUUGUAGAUCCCUCCCUUGGUGACCAGUAUGAUCCACAUGAGCUGAAUCGUGUGCUCUUGACAGCGUCAUUAUGUAUACAACAUUCUUCUAUACUUCGGCCUCGAAUGAAUCAGGUGGUACAGCUAUUAAGGAAUGAUGCUACCAGUUUGGAAUGCAUUAAGCAGUUUCAGAAGCCUGUACUCAAGAGAACAUAUUCCGAGGAGCUUUUGGAUGCAGAGGAAUAUAAUUCCACAAAGUAUUUGAGAGAUCUUAAUCGACAUAGACAGAUUGCUUUGGAAACAUGAAAUGAAUGACAAUCCAUGAUAUCUUACAGUAUGUUUAUAGAAAACCUAUUUUUUUCUAUGACUAGUUUGUACACAACAAUUUUGGAUGAUGUUUGAAAAAUAAAAAAACAAUUUUGGAUGAAGAAAACAGAUCUCUGUGCUGAGUGAAGCAAAUAACACUUUCUACUAUGUCCAGGACUUGAUCUCAUUGUAAAUUCUCCCAUAAAAUGCCAAGCAAGUCCAAGUUCAAGAUUGAUAUGGUUUCACAUUCUGACUCACUUUACUUGCAAAACAAAAUCAGCUUGAUUAGUGAUUCCUAAUUGUCAU